AUGGCUACGUUUGACUUGGGUGCUUUCGUGGCUGAGCCAACUAGUGAUGUGUUGGAUUCGUGUAGAAAAGUUGACUUAUUGGAGAUUGCCCGGCACUAUGAAAUCCCCGUGUCGGUUACAUUGCGCGUGGGAGAGUUAAGGGAGGCUGUGUUGGCAGGUUUGGUUGCCAGUGAAGUUUUGGUUUUGCCCGAGUCGAGCGAUCUGGAACAAGGAGUGACCGCGGGAGGCGCAGUGGCGUCCCCCGUGCGUCUUGGGGAGAGCGCGGAUUUGUUUGGGGAGGCUGAGGAAAAGGUUUGGGUCUUGUCUCCUACUUUGAGUGUGCAUUCUCCUCGUGAUGUGCGCUUGGAUGUGCGCUUGGAUGUGCGCCUUGCGCGGCUCAAAAACGAGAGAGAGGAGAGAGAGCGUGACUUCCAGCUCAAGCGUGAGCUCGAGUUAAAGCGCAUUGAGCUGGAGGCAGCCACUGCUCGCGAGGUUGAGUUUAGAAGUGGAGUUUUCCCUGUCGCUGUGCGCGACCAGUUUCCUAUUGACGGGGUGGAGUUUAUUAUGGGGAAUGAUAUCGCAGGUGGGGAAGUGUAUCCCUCUCCGGAAGUGGUUUCUCGCCCCAUUCUCAGCACUGGGAAGGAUGAAUUGGCUGAGGAACACCCCGAGAUGUUUUCAGUGUGUGUGUUGACCCGCGCCCAGUCUAAAAAGUUGGCAGAGGAACAGGGUGAUGUUGAUCUGUAUGAUUCUGUGCUUGCUCCUGUCUUCUCCGGUGUUCGUGCGCCCCCGUUUGGACGACCUGAUGACCACGCCAGGAAGAAGGCCAGCAGUGAGAAGUCAACCACCGCUAUGUCCCCUCCACUCACCAGUGACGCUUUGAUUGGAGCUCAAAAUUCUGACUAUCACCUCCUCCAUCACCUCCUCCGUCACCUCCUCCAUCACCUCCUCCAUCACCUCCUCAUCACCUCCUCCAUCACCUCCUCCGUCACCUCCUCCGUCACCUCCUCCAUCACCUCCUCCAUCACCUCCUCCAUCACCUCCUCCAUCCCCUCCUCCAUCGCCUCCUCCAUCGCCUCCUCCAUCACCGCCUCCAUCACCUCCUCCAUCACCUCCUCAUCACCUCCUCCAUCACCUCCUCCAUCACCUCCUCCAUCACCUCCUCCAUCGCCUCCUCCAUCGCCUCCUCCAUCACCUCCUCCAUCACCUCCUCAUCACCUCCUCCAUCACCUCCUCCAUCACCUCCUCCAUCACCUCCUCAUCACCUCCUCCAUCACCUCCUCCAUCACCUCCUCCAUCACCUCCUCCAUCACCGUGUGGUUCGCUGGAGCCACAGUCAGGGACAAACAGAGACUACAGCGCAUUGUGCGCUCUGCAGAGGAAGUGAUCGGCCGCAGCCUUCCAUCGCUGCAGGACCUGAUUGACUUCUUCGCUCCACAGCUCGCUCACAGAACAGCCUCCAGUGAAAAAGCGCUCCGUCCUCUGAUUGGCUAUUAUGGGCACUCUACACCCCGCCUUUCCGACACUUCAUUGGCUACAGUGCGGUAA